UUUCAAUUUUUGUGGUUUGUUUUGACCACCUGUCUUACUUAAUGGCUUUAAAUGCCGCCGGUAAUAUUUCUUGCAAGCUAUCCUUGGGCCUGCUAAACUUCGUAUUGGCCGUCAGCUCAGGAUGGGCACUUAAACACUACAGCAUUGACCGUCAUGCACUUGCCGGUUAUGGUUUGUUGUUUGCACACAGCGUGUUUUGCAUUCUGCGCUACACGCAUCCCAAUCCCGGCCAGGUGCAGCGUCGCAUUUGCGAGCAAUCGUUGCGCUAUUCGCCGGCCAUAUUCGUAACACUAAUCAUAGGCCAGAUGCAGAGCAUCAUCGGUGACAUCAAACUGAUUGGAGGAUUCAACUGGCGAUGUGUUGUCCUGGGCUUGUUUGCCGGCGUGUUGUUGCUGACAGCUGUUAGACGGUGCCUGAACGAGAAGACAACGUUGGCCCAGGUGCUGGGCAAGCUGGAGCGCAUCAAUCAUACGUUGUGCGUACUGUGGAACAUGUAUUGCCUGUGGCGCAUUGCCACAGUGAAUGAAUAUUGGUGGUCAUUGGGAUUGGGCCUUUUGGUUAUGCUUAAUCACUUUGUGCUCUGGCGUCUAACGCUGAGUUUCAAUAUCACAACACUCGAGGUGGACACUGUGGGCAUGUGCUUCUCUGUCAUCUUUGCCAUCAAUGCCAGUCAGGAGCUGAUCGAGGAUACAAGAUGAUGAUGUGCCAAUAUGAUGAUGCAUUUAGCACAAAAUUAAAAGAAACAGAUUGAGACAUAUUUAUAUAUUUUAAAAUUAAGAGAUGUAUGUUGUGUAAAAAUUUCAGCCUUGUAGCUCUUACCGUUUGGGCUCCACAAUGAUCAGUCAGUCAGUCAAUCAGUAAAUCAGUGUGGACAUAGAGUUUUCUACAUAUAUAUAUAUUUAUAAAAAUUAAUUAAGCAGUUGAUUGUUAAUCUCAUGACAUGUUUUUGUAACUCAAUAAAACUAAAGAAUUUUAUAAGCCACA